GGUGUAAAGUAAGUUUAUUUUGUCAAAUUGCCAAGUAAUAUAAUUAAAAAAAAUAUUUAACAUUUUAGCUUAUACAUUUCUCCGAAAAAGCAGAAAAAUUAACAGUGAAAAAUGUUGCGCACUAUUUUCCAAAAAACCGGACAAAAUCUUUUGCCUCGUCUAGGUCAACGUACAGUGGCCACUAGCGGCAUUAAAAAUGAGAUUUUCAACGUACAAAGCUCAGAAGAUUUCGAAAAUAAAGUCAAGAAGAGCGAUAAGGUGGUGAUAGUUGACUUUUUUGCAACAUGGUGUAAUCCCUGCAAAAUGUUGACCCCUCGUUUGGAAUCGAUUGUAGGAGAAAAAGCUGGCGCCGUUAAAUUGGCUAAAGUAGAUAUCGAUGAACACAGUGAAUUGGCUUUGGAUUAUGAUGUAGCUGCUGUGCCCGUUCUCAUGGCCAUGAAAGAUGGCAAGGUGGUCAACCGUAUGGUGGGUUUACAAGAUACCGACAAGCUUAGAGCCUGGAUUGACAAAACUGUUGAAGAAAAUAAGUAAAUGAUACGAAAUGGUGCCAGAAGAGAAUGAUUUUAUUUUAAGAUUUGUUAAACAUUUAUUCCGAUGAGCAUAUCCCAAAAAGCAGCUUUAAUUUCGAUAAUUUCUGUAUAUUUCAAUACUUUGUUUUCAAUGUUAUCUUCUUGGUAUCAUUAAAUGAUCUGAGAAAGAUUAAAAUCUAAUAAACAUAUUGGUAUAAAUCAUUGCCAAACGAAAUUGUUAUACUA